GAGCGACUGCAUUUGAAGACGCCGGCGGAAACAUUAAUGUAUGGAUGCAGCGAUAAAACAAGUCUUGUGUAGACAAUUCGAAGACGUGUUUCCGUCGAAAGGAUUUGGAAGCUGUUUGCCGCUCAAACGCAAAAUUUUUAAGGUGUGAUGUGCUGGUCUUGGCCCUUCGUGUCCAUCCUGGUGCUUUGUUCUUUGUUGUCGGUGGGGACCGUGAGGACUGCCCCGUGUCAGACCUGUCGCAAACUGGCAGAGCGCUUCAUCAAGGGCUUGGAGCGAACAGCCAAUAAGAAUUUUGGGGGAGGGAAUACAGCUUGGGAAAAGGAGAAAUUGGCAAAAUAUAUUCACAGUGAGACACGUCUGUUAGAGAUUGUAGAGGCAGUGUGUGAUAAGUCGGACUUUGAAUGCAACAGACUGCUGGAGCAGAUAGAAGAUCAGGUGGAGACAUGGUGGUUUCACAGACAACAGGAAGCUCCAGAUCUGUUUGAAUGGCUGUGCAUUGAGGAGCUCAGACUGUGCUGUCCACCUGGACGCUACGGGCCGGAAUGUGCAGAGUGUCUGUCAGGUCCUGGAGGAGUGUGUGGUGGUCUGGGUCGCUGUGAGGGUGAGGGCACACGUCUGGGAGAUGGAGAGUGUGUUUGUGACCCGGGAUACUCAGGCCCCCUGUGUCAAGGUUGUGCCGAUGGGUACUACAGAGAAAAGAGCUCCAAUCACACGCAGCCUUCCUGCUCAGCAUGUUGUCACUCUUGUAAAAAGUGCACAGGUUCACAAGAUGACAAAUGUCUGGAAUGUAAACCUGGAUGGAUCCUUCACAGCAACAAGUGUGUAGAUGUGGAUGAGUGCGGCACUGAGUUAGCUCGCUGUGCAUCAAACACAUACUGCUUCAACACAGACGGCUCUUAUGAAUGCAGAGGUUGCGAUCAAGCGUGUGUGGGCUGUAUGGGCAGUGGACCUGCUCGCUGUAAGAAAUGCUCUCGAGGGUUCAGACUCACUGGUGCAAAGUGUUUAGACAUUAACGAGUGUUCUGAUCGAGCGAUCGCCUGUCCAGGACUCAAUGAAGCGUGUAUAAAUGAAGAGGGAUCGUUCCGCUGUGAGUGUGCCGAGGGAUUCAUUAGACGAGACAGCAUCUGUGUGGAGAAUCUACCGCCCGCUGGCCCAGAGAAGGGUUUGUUUGAUGACAUGACUGAUGAUGAGGUGCUGGUUCUGCAGCAGAUGUUCUUCGGUGUCGUCAUCUGUGCAAUUGCUACACUAGCUGCCAAAGGAGACAUGGUCUUUACUGCUAUCUUCAUUGGCGGAUUGGCCGCAAUGGCCGGAUACUGGCUCUCGGAGAAGGGCGACCGCAUCCUGGACGGCAUACUUAAAGGGCGCUAACCAAUCAGACACUCAGGAGCUCUCAGGUUAUGCCACUGAAAUGCGACGCUAUCAAGGAACUCAGACAUGAAGAAGGGAAGGGACACUGGUUUUAAUAGUCGCAGCUAUUGCUAUGCAUGUCAAGCAGGGAAGUUUAGGACUAUAAAGCUCUGGUUAAUAGUCAAUAAUGGAUCAUGAUGUCGCUGGUUUGUACUGGGAUCAUUUAUAACACUGUGUUUCAACAGUUGAAUUGCUGCUGUACUUAUGCGAGACUACUAGGGGACCUGACGAGGUUAGUCAAUGGCUACAUACUUGGGCUAACCCGGAGAGACGUAUGCAACUGAUUCAGGUAGAAGUACUGUAUAUACUGGCAUAGAUUCUUCUCGCUACCAUAGAAAGUACUGGUAAUGUCAUUUACAUUCGUGGUUCUCCACCGGCCAGAUUUAACGUUGCACAUCGAUUAUCAGAAUAGUUUUUCGCAGAAAAGUAAUUAACAUGACAUUUUCUUUCAUUGUGUGUAGUUUGAGGUGUUUUACGAAAGCGAGCAUGUUGCGUAACCGGUCCAUGUUGGCAUCUGCACAACUUGGCUAGCUGGGCCAUUUCAUGUCAGCUCAUCCAGAGGUCACCGGCUCAGAAUUUUCUUUUUGAUAAUGUUUUUUUUACUAGUGAAGGAAACAAAUGAUUAUGAAAGCCAAAAUAUGAAAUGACAUGGAUCAAUAUAUUAUUUUGUAGAGGCGGGUCAAAAUGAGAAUUUUUGUCUGUGAUUUUUGGAAAAAAAAUAGCCUUGAUUUUAUUUUUACGCACAGUUAGGUAGAUCUAUUACUAUAAUCAGUUGACUUCAGCACCUCUUGUUGCAUUAUAUGCCAAUGUUGUGUUUAUAACUGCAGAAGUAUUAAAGAUAUCUUAAUAUAUUUUUAGAUUGUGGUUGUGAACAGAUUAUUCUUUCUUAAUUUUUAAGGCCCAAUAUGGUAAAAUCCCAGAGAUAUAGGGCUCUCAAUGUGGCUCCAUGCAUUAAUCAUUAAAUAUGACAUGUUUUCAAUGGUCGAUAAAGCUAGUUAUUCUUGUCCAACAAAACUAUUUUGGCUUUCAUUAUCAUAAAUGUUUCUCUUUCCUCAGAAAAAAGUAUUAACAAAAUCAAACAGUUCUCAAUAAUUUCUAAAUUGCACCAACAUUCUGUAGAGUAUAAUUGGACAUCAACAACAAAAGAUAUGGAAAAGAAGUGUUUCCUGCUCUCUUUUUAUUUUGCUACCUUAUCUUUGCACAAUUAUGUGAUUGGUUUCAUUUAAUUAUUAACAUUUAUCAUUAUUUUCCCUAUACUGUGUGUGACCUUUUUGGAACAGAACAAAGCUGCAAGUUUUUGUUCACAAUGCACCAGUUCAGAACCACUGAUUUAUAUUUCUUUUAUUUAAUUAACGCAUACAUAGCGCAUACAUUCCCACUGCGUAAAUGUUUGUAGAGACGUGUGCUUGACGUUGAUGAUGUCGAAGGCCAUGGAAGCUAUAUUAGACAUUUGAAACACUCCAAAAGGGAGGCAGAUUGUUAGUGAGAAAUGUCCAGAUCUCUUUGUCCAAAUAGAAGCACUCUCAAAUGCAUGAACUAUGACCCUAUAAGACCAUGUCUAGUGUGUUUGACAUGUAGUUUGAAAUGACACUGCGUGUAAGCACAGUUUAUGAGUGUUUAUGUGUGUGCAUGCAUGGCAAUUUGCGUAAUUGUUUUGACCAAUGGACUUACAUGACUUUUCAAUGCAUUCCUGUCAUUUGUGAUUCCUUUUUUUUAAAUAAUUUUCAUUCACUGACUCAAUUUAGACUGAUUCAUUGAAAAGAACCAACUCAAUUUGCUCACAAAUCAGACAUCACUAUAGCUUGAGAGCAAGUUUUACUCCACUCAAGAUUAACAUCUUCCCAAUGAAAUAUUGUAAUGUUGAGCAUAACUAUAAAAUGUGUACAUGUACUAUAGAAAUUUCCAGGCCUGCAAACCCCAAUUUAGAUUUCUUCGAGACUGUGGGAACAUUGUUUUAAAUAUGAUUAUACAAUUGGAAGAUUAUAGUAAUGAAUAUGCUUUUAUUUAUCACUCUUUGACACUGUUGUUUAGCUAAGUGUAGUUUUUAAGUUCUGUGUCUAUUACACCAAUGCAGCACACAUGGCCUUGAUUAUUUGGUUUCAAAUGUUUCAUCAUAGACUGGCCAAAUGCAUUGAUAUUUUUCUCUUAACACUGGAGUAAUGCAGCUGCAUGCUUUUAUCUUAGUCUUAGUACUCCAAUCUCUCAUCGCAGCAUUUAUUUAUUGUGUGUUUUGUUUGUCAUAUUUAUUUUCCUCUGUUUGUGUGUGAAUAUGCCACAUAACAUUAGGGACGAACUUUAUACUAUUUAUAUAACAUUUGAAACAAUGGGCAUGAGGUCUGCCAGCCUUAAUGUGAACUAUGUUUUAAGUUGUUUUAGAACCUCUUGUUGGAUAAUGAUUUCAUUAAAAAAACAUUUA